GAACAAGAACGAACAAGAAAAGGACAGAUAUACUCAACUAUUUAAAAUAUUUCGCAGAAAUAACAUUUUUACGUUUUUAAAGAGCGAUAAUUCAUUUUUUUAAUACAUAUGGUGCAAAGAAAUGUGACCAACAUUAUGCUGAAAAAGAUAUUUGCGCUUUGUUUGGUUUUCCAACUAGUUUCCUGUGCACACAUACAUCAUUCUCUAUACGAUCAAGAUUUGUCCUUACCACAAAAGACGAUAUCUUGCGGAGACUUACGAAAGCAAUUUGAGAACGGAUACAUCAGAUUGAAAGAAUUUCUUGAUCAAAUUCGAAAUUGCAAAGAAUCUCCUCAUGAACGACACAAACAUCGUCACUUAAGGCAUCGGAUAGACAACAACGGACAUAGGAAUAGGAACUCGCAAUAUACGUACACUGACUAUCUAGUCCCGGUAUUACGAAGCGGACCGGACUCUUCUCACUUUGCAACAGCUUCAAACGACUUUAAGCCUAACACCGCACGCUUUAAAAACCAUCAAUCCAUGCCACCAGUUUUUCAGAAUUUUGCAAACCCAACAAUACCCCUUAAAGGUCAAGAAUCUUCAACUUUUAUCCCAUCACUGGCAGUAACUCGACCGAAACAAAAGACAAUAAAUGGCGUUGUCGUAGACAGUGCAGCAGGGCAACUUAUUCUAAAAGCUAUGCUGAAUGGUGAACUUCAAGGUGUCUCACCAAUAAAUCUUGCCAGUAAUGUAGGACAGGAAAACACAAAUAGUUUUGAGAAUCCACUGCGGAAUGGCUUAGAAACUGUAGCUGGUAAUCAAAGAUUUUCAGUUUUAUCGCCGGAUAAAAACAACAACAACGACAACGACAACAACAUUAACAGCAAUAACAUUAAUAACAAUUACAACAACAACAACAACAACAACAACAACAACAACAACAACAACAACAACAACAACAACAACAACAACAACGGAGACAAGUCAUCUUCAAGUUUACUUGGGGAGCCUCAAAGCGAUGGUCAUUCCGAAAAUUGGUCUGAUUACUUCCAAUACCGUAAUCUGUUAAACAAUCUUGGGUAUGAUCGAAAUCUGUUUUCACAGCAACGUAACAGUGUUGAUACCAUUGAUAAAAACCUAAUUCGUAGUCAGCUUCUACCGCAGGUAUCUAACUUUUUUGGUCAACAGUCACCUCCAGCAUCAAAGCAAUUUUCAUCCUUGCUUGAUACCAACAUUCCACAAUUAUCAGAGUCGCUUGCUUCUCCUACAUCUACUAGAGAUUCAUUUGAGCCAACUCCUUCCCUACUGCAAAAUAGCGAGUUGUUAUCUCAAACAUCCAAUUUUGAACUGCCAACAAAAUCAACAGCCGAAGAACUCGAAACCAUCAAUGAGGAAUUACGAGACGAUGUUUCCUUACUGCAUGAAAGUACAGGUGGUAUUCGUCCUUUAAGUUUGUCUCAAUUUGAAUCCUUUGCCCCUCAGAUUAUUGAAAGCAUCGCUGCACGAUCAAAAAUCAAUGGAGAAAGCCUACUAAAAAAAAAGGAGACAAAUUCGACUGCUGUGAAAAGAAUUUUCAGCGAGGCAACCUCGAAUUCUGGUAAUAAUGCUGCCAAAGACAUCCUUGAUAUAAAAUACACACAACUGGAAGACAAGUUAAUAAACGACUUAAAGCGGCGACAGGCUAUCUUACAAAAAUUGGAGCAAGAAUCCAUGGUACAACAUUUCGCUCAACCUGGUUCGAUACCUUUAUCCAAACUUAGCGAUGUCUUCAAAAGUAUUAACGACGAAACUGCAGAAAAAACGAUGACAAGAUUACAAGCGCAGAGUGUACGAAAGAAUCAACAUAAAGGUUUACCUGAUGAUUUAGGCUUGUUUAUACCAAUCAGCAAUCCAAGUGGCCACUCCCAGUUUUUAACCAAUCAAAAACCGCCACUUCAAAAUGGCGCAUCGUCAUAUAGUACAUUAAAGUACUUAGAAGAUCAUCUACCGCAUAAUUUUGCGUUGAGUAAUUUUCGAGGUAAGUUACUUGCGCAACACAGACAUGAUUUAAAACGUUUUGAAAAUGAUCGUUUAGCAAAUAUGAUGUUACACGAAGAUACACACACUCGUUUAAACAGACAUAAAGGUUUUACAGACAGUCAAUCUGAAAAAACGCAGGUCAAAAGUAACUUUACAAAAGACAUUAACAACACAAAUAUUGUUGGCAAGAUUGCCAAUAUGACUUCUUUUAAACUCGAUAAUAACAAGAAUAACACUAGGAACGACCAGGUCGGAAAUAGACGGACCAAUAUACCAGCUCAUCCGGAAGAAAAGGACACUAAAGUUCCGUUUUCGCGUAAGGUUUUAUUUACAAACAAAUUUUUUAAUGACGUUAUAAGAGCGGCAAUGAAAAGGAAAAGUAAUGUGCCGAACAAGGGAAAUCAGGCUGUGCACCGUCGAAUCGAGAAGAAAAGUGUAAUAUACGGAUCAAGAGAACAGUCGUUUAAUGUCGACAUUCUUCAAACUUAUAAUGAAAAUUUUUUAAUUUAAGAUGCAAA